AGAGAAAGAAAGAGGUUAGAAAUUGAAUACGGGAAGACAUUGCACAAGACAGAACAACAUUUGUUUUCAGACAUAUAAAAACUUGAUUUUUUGCUGUUACUUUCUAGGAUUAUAAAAUGUUUCACAUUUUAUGCUGUCUUUUUGGAACUCUACAUUUAUUGCAUGUAUGUGAAGCUUCCACAGAUUAUGAUGUGUUUUAUGAAAAGGGUUCAACUGCCAUUCUUCCAUGUUACAGAUUACCUUCUAAAUCAACUGUUAACAGAAUGGCGGUUGUGCAGUGGCUGAAGGUGAAUGAAGACAGCUCUGAUAAGACAAUCUGGAGAGUGGAUAAAAGUGGCCUGGAAUACUGGAGCAACAACAUUCUGAAGAGGGCCCAAGCUCACCAAGCUCAUUUCCAUAAAGGCGAUUACUCCCUCAGUAUUGACCACCUUGGUGAAGAUGAUGCUGGCCAGUACAAAUGCAGAGUCAAAUAUGGCCAUCAAGAAUUUAAAGUCACAGUAAAUCUCCAUAUUUUGCAGGCUGUUCCUACAGAGAAAUCAAAGCCUUUGGAAGGCAGAUCUUGGAACAUGAAAUGCAUAAUAUCUGACAAGCCAGAGACAGUGACAGUAAGGUGGUUUCAUAAUGGAAAGCCAGUCCAAGAGUCUGAUAGGAUCAGUAUAAAAAACAGUGAUGCGACCCUGACGAUUCAUAAUCUAGAACCUACUGAAUCUGGAAACUGGACCUGCCAGGUUGUUUCCAAUAAUCAGACAGGCUCAGCAUCUGCCCUGCUUCAAGUUCAUGGCUUUGCAGAACCAACCAGUAAGACUACCACUGUGUAUGCAGCAAUUGGGGCUCCAGUAUAUCUACCAUGCAUCCUCAGUUCUGGUGUCCAGCCCAUGAAGACUGGUUGGCAGUGGAAGCCAAGUGGAAGCAUACAAAUCCAGGAGCUCAAAUCAAGACAGCACUCUAUCUCUAUUGCUGAGAGUAAAGACCAGAGCAAUGUCUCCCUUUUCCUGCCUGCAGUUGAAUUUAAAAAGGCUGGAGAAUACAUUUGCUUUGCAGAGAUGGACACCCUGCGCUUCCAUAGGAUCGUCAAGCUCGUCACAGCUCAAGUUAUUGUGAAGGUUAGCCAUUCAGCUAAAGACGGUAGUUUGGCUACUUUCUCCAUUACUCUGUCAGAAGAAUCUGGGGUGGAACGGUAUGAAUGGGUAAAGAUCAAGAAGGACAGCAACUACACUAACAGCAGUGACCACACCUUAGCUCCUGAAAAACUGGGACCCUACUUUGGGAAAACUGUUUCCAUCAGUUUGCUUAGUGAAGAGUUUGCUGGAGAAUGGGUCUGUAAUCUAUACAGCAAGGAGGCAUUGCUUGGACAAAUUCCUGUCCAUUUACUGCUGACUGGUAUGCUUCAGGGUUCAAAAUCAGAAUCAUCUAAAAAUGUUCCAAUGAUAUUAAUCUUCAUAUGCAUAUUUAUUGGAUUUCUUUUUAUCACCUUAAUUGUUUACAGAUAUCGAAGAAGGAGAGCUAGGAAUGCACUGUUCCCUGCCCUUGAAUCAGUUGAAAAAAGCAUUCCUUCCAACAAGAAGUUAUCAGAGAAGAACUGCAGUCAAAAAUGCAAAGGUGGUCUGAACUGAAGUUGCUGUGCAUGAAUGGCUUUAUCCCUGGUUCAUUGUUUUUGGACUUAAUGAGAGAUCUCCUUCUCAUUGAAUUAUGCAAGUUUUUAUUACAUUUUUUAAAGAAUAUUCCUUUACAGAGAGUCAAAAUGUGUGAAUUUGCUUAGUGUAAGGUGGUGGAUUGUAAUAGAAAUAAUACAGCAAAGAUUCAUGGGAGCAGCUCCAAAUGAAAGUCAAGCAUCCAUAUGUGAAUUGGUGUUGGCACUUAACACAACAGACCCACCUACAUGAGAAUCAAAUUUAGAUAAUUUCAUAUAAAAUUAGUCCAAUGUAAGAAUAUAUCUGUUCAACUGAAAAUGUAUGGGUAUUACUAUCAGCUCAUGUUCCCAACCUAAUACUAAAUAGGUGCUAUUUCACUACUAUAUAUAAUGUGUAUAUAUAUAUAUACUUUUUUUUUACUUUUUGCAAAUAUUGCACUUUAUUACUUGUACAGAGAGUUUAGGAUUACAAUUGUGUAUCACCCUGUAUUGCACUGUAUUUUAGAAUAAUCUGCCACAUGUAGAGUGACUUUGUUUAAAUUUCUAAUACUAUGAAGUAGCAAUAAUGUUCAUUGUUAAAGCUUAUGAAUUAAGCAGUUUUUUCCAGUUUAAUUGUCACCUUGUCUAUUUACAGUACUCAUAUACAUAU